CGAAUGACACAUUCAACAUUCCAGGGUUGCGUCAAACUACCCUAUAAAAGGCCUGCUCGCCUCCGUCUUCAGCACAUCCUCUCAGCAUCAAGCAUCGGGACUGCAAAGAUGGCAUUUACUCUGCGCUCGUUGUUCCUCCUCUGCGGGAUCAGUGGACUCUUGGCUGCAGUCCGGGCAGACAAGAAUGGAAAUUACUGUCCUCAGGGCUGGACUCAGUUGGAUGACAAAUGUUACAUCUUUGUCCAGCAGCAGAGAACUUUUAUUGAUGCAGAGCAAAUCUGCAUACUUAGAGGUGGGAAUCUGGUCUCUAUCCUCGACGCCAAGGAAAACGCAUUGGUCCUCGAGCUGAUUCGUGACACGCUUGGUGACAUUCAAGACACCUGGAUUGGACAGCAUGAUGGAGUUGAGGAGGGAACCUUCCUCUGGACUGACGGCUCACCUGUGGACUUUGGUGCCUAUACCGCCCCUCAGCCUGACAACUUUAAUGGCGUGGAAGACUGUGUGGAGAUUUCUAGCCAAACGGAGGCAUGGAAUGAUGACGAAUGCACUGACGUGAAUUUCUUUGUCUGCAUCAAAGAAGCACACGAGCACUGAUCAACUCAACCACCAUCGCAUCAAUCUUCAAAAAUGUCUUUUCCAAAAUCUUAAGAAUCGUCUGAGAAAAUAGCUGACUUCCAGUGGUAUCUUUGUAUCUAUCUUUUGUCUCCUACGCAGUUCAAUUUUUUCUUGAUGGCAAUCAAAUUUGGAAGCUCAAAGGGUAUCUGUAAUAAAUGAAGGAAUCUCUCAAAGCA